AUGCAUAUCCGCGAGAAGCUCGCCAACAAGGAGGCGGCGGGGGAGCCGGGAAUCUCCUUUGAGUUCUUCCCUCCUAAGACGGCUCAGGGUGUCCAGAAUCUCUAUGACCGCAUGGACCGAAUGCACGGGUUAGGCCCCUCAUUCAUCGAUAUCACAUGGGGUGCGGGCGGUCAUUUAUCUGACCUAACCUGCGAGAUGGUUGGCGUUGCUCAAUCGGUCUAUGGCCUGGAGACGUGCAUGCACUUGACCUGUACUGAUAUGCCACUGGAAAAGGUUGACCAAGCCCUCCAGGCUGCCUACAAGGCUGGCUGCACCAAUAUCUUGGCUCUGCGGGGUGACCCGCCUCGAGACAAGGAAACUUGGGAAGCGGCCGAGAAUGGGUUCCGAUAUGCAAAAGAUCUGGUCAAGUACAUCCGAGAGAAGUACGGCAAUCAUUUCGACAUUGGUGUGGGAGGCUAUCCGGAGGGCGCUGAUGACAACCCGGAUGUGGAUCAAUUGAUUGAUCACUUGAAGGAGAAGGUGGAUGCGGGCAGUUCUUUCGUGAUUACUCAGAUGUUCUACGAUGUGGAGCAAUUUAUCGAAUGGGUGAAGAAGUGCCGAGCCAAGGGCAUCAAUGUGCCUAUCAUUCCCGGCAUCAUGCCCAUUCAGACAUACGCUGCUUUCAUUCGCCGAUCCAACUGGACCAAGACUCGUGUGCCACCAGAGUGGAUGGAAGCUUUGGAGCCUGUCAAGAAUGAUGAUGCUGCAGUGAGAGAUAUUGGCAAGCAUUUGAUUGCUGACAUGUGCCGAAAGCUGAUGGCCUCCGGCAUUAAUCACCUGCACUUCUAUACAAUGAACUUGGCCCAGGCAACAAAGCUAGUGCUGGAAGAACUGGGUCUGGCCCCAUCCGACGACUCUCCUAUCCAGAGAGCUCUGCCAUGGCGGCCAUCCCUUGGACUGGGCCGGAGAACCGAAGAUGUGCGUCCAGUGUUCUGGCGCAACCGGAACUCGUCGUAUGUUGCUCGCACCCAGACAUGGGAUGAGUACCCCAACGGUCGCUGGACCGACUCUCGUUCGCCUGCGUUUGGUGAGCUUGAUGCAUACGGAGUUCGGCUCAAGGGUACCAACGAGCAGAAUAUCAAGUUGUGGGGCGAGCCCAAGUCCAUCAAGGACCUCUCAGAGAUUUUCAUUCGCUUUUUGGAGGGCAAGUUGGAUCGACUUCCCUGGAGUGAUAGUCCAAUCUCUGCAGAAGCGAAUGACAUUAAGGAUCUCUUGGUCAACCUGAACCAAAGAGGCUUCUUGACUAUCAACUCUCAGCCUGCAGUGAACGGCGUCAAGUCUUCUCAUCCUAUCUACGGAUGGGGUCCCAAAAACGGUUUCGUUUACCAGAAAGCUUACUUGGAGCUCUUAGUUCCCGCUUCCCUAAUUGAUGAACUCGUUUCUCGCAUCGAGAAGAACGAUGACUUGACAUAUCACGCCAUCCGAAAGAACGGCCAGCUGCGGACCAACACCCGAGAUAGUCCGAAUGCCUUGACUUGGGGUAUCUUCGCUGGACGGGAAAUCAUCCAGCCAACCAUCGUCGAGACAGUCAGUUUCCUAGCCUGGAAGGACGAAGCUUAUCGCCUGGGUGAAGACUGGUCAAAGUGCCACGAUUCUACCAGCCCAAGUCGGAAACUGAUCCAGCAGAUCAUGGAUGACUGGUACCUGGUCAAUAUUGUCGACAACGACUUCCACAGGACCAACGCUGUCUUCGAGUUGUUCAAUGACCUAGAGGUCAAGGAUCUCAAUGUCGAGCUGCCCGGAAAGCCGGAGACCAAGGUCGCUGCGGAACAAAACGGAGCUGCGACCAAAAAGUAA